GGUUUUAUCAGCCGAGCUGCGGAUUACGGGUGCUAAAUGAACUCCCUCAAAGGCAAAACAGGCCAGCGCGAAUUCUACGCUUGCAAGUCAUAACGAUCUUUUAUUGGUUGGAGAUUUGCGGCGAUGAAAUUAAAUAUCCUUUUCUCCGUUUAGAGCCGGGCGGCGACGAUGUGGCCUGUACCCUGUAGGGACUGGUAGUGAGUAAAGAAUCCAGCAUGCCAGCCACCUGCCCCGUAACUUCUUCUGGUUCCUCUUCGUCAUCAUCCUCCUCCUACUCCCGACGAAGCAACCAAGGACGAGAGGCGGGGGCGGAGGACCGCCGCCGCAGCCCAAUCCGCUAAGGGGUAGAGGGAACAGCCCGCGGAAAGAAUCUUGUUCUUCAAAUAGAAAGUAUGGAACUGGGACCCGAUUCUUGAACUAAGAAUCUCGACUCCUCAUCUCUGCCUUCCCCGUCUCCAAGAUCUGCCAGUGCGCCCUUGUCUCCAAGUGAAGGAUUUGGAGGAUGACAGAAGCUGCAAUUACAAGGUAUUGGUGCCAUGAAUGUGAGCACGCCGUUGACUUUGAGGGGGCCAUGGUCGAGGCCAUGGCUGAGGAGAUCAAGUGCCCAGCCUGCGAUGGUGGAUUCAUUGAGGAGAUGAUUGGCGAGGAAUUUGAGAGAUUGACCAGCCAACACUCAGAGCAGGAUUUAUCACAAUGGGGAACGUCUGACCAUCCUUUUGAGCAUCCAGGAGCGACAGCGGACAGCGAGGAUGAUGAAGAAGAAGAUGAUGACGAUGAUGAUAUGGGCCGUGAGUUUGAGGGUUUCAUCAGGAGGCAUCGACGGGCAUCAGCUCUUCGUCGUGUACUUGACAGCAUCCAAGAUGACCUCAGAGCUGACAGGGAAAGGGACAACUCCAUUCUGAUCAAUGCCUUCAACCAGGCCCUUGCUCUGCAUGGCUCAGUGCUCGAUCCUGAUGAGGUCCGGGAUGACCAAGGCAGCUCUAGCAAUGAUGAUGGUUUGCUGGAGGAGUAUGUGCUGGGGGCUGGGCUGAGCUUGCUGCUUCAACAUUUGGCUGAGAGUGACCCAUACCGAUAUGGUACCCCUCCUGCUAGGAAAGAGGCGGUUGAAGCUUUGCCCACUGUUAAAAUUGAAGAGGUCGUCAGCUGUUCAGUCUGCCUUGAUGAUCUUGGGCUGGGCUCCCAGGCAAAGCAGAUGCCUUGUGAGCAUAAGUUCCACUCUCCAUGUAUCAUGCCAUGGCUUGAACUCCAUAGUUCAUGCCCUGUGUGCCGGUUUGAGCUACCAUCUGAAGAGACGAAAGACUUGAACGAGCCUAGCAAUGUCGUUAGAACAGAGAGCAUCCAUGACGAAAUCAGAGCUGAUGGCCCUGGGAAUGACAAUGAGAGCAGUAACAGAGCUUGGGCCCUAGCUCCUUGGUUCAAUGGGCUAUUCUCGGCACCUGAACCGCAAACUGCCAGAGGCGCUUUGACUGAUCAACAACCACCUUCAGCUACUGGAACCAACCCGAAUGCUGGGGAAAGCUGAUUUCAUCUUCCUUUGUGAAUAAUGCUUAUACAUCUGAGGAUAGCAAUGAACCAUGUUGGUAGAACACUUCUUUUUCUCUAGUGAUAAUCCUUCUAGGAUGAAUCACAAGGUACAAAGUUUGUGGCUGCUCUGUUUUGCCAUAUGUUUAGCGAUCAUUUAACCUUUGUUGAGUUCAUUGCUGCUGAGUCAAUCUGCGUCCUGUGCAAUGCAAUCAUUUUCUUUCAUGUCCACUGCCUUGAGCUCACGGCAAUUUUUAGUUGCUUGUGAACAUGAAGUAGAGAUAAACCUCGUGUCUUCAGUUCUCAUCAGAAAUCAAUGGGUUGGGAAGUGCAGAUAUCAAUAUCGAGCAAGGCAACCUGUUCAAAUAUUGUGAAGCAAAUUUGAACAUCUGAUUGUAGAUUCAAGAAUUUCUGGUGGUGUCUGUUGCUUUGAUGGAACGCAUUUGGGCUAUUUUUCUGGAAUCUUAUAAUCUAUGCCUAGGAUUUAUUUGGUUUUCGGUUGGCCUUUUUCUUGUGCUUACCGGUUGAACUAUUUUGUGUACCAGCUGCUCUUUUAAGCGAAUUCACUGAAGUGGAAUUUUCUAAA